GCAUAAAUUUCAGCCUCCCCACUACCACCACCACACACCUACUUCUUUUGCUUUUGUUUUUCUCUCCCCUUCUUCCCAUCAGCUCUGUUAACCAGUCUGUCACAGCUGUGUGGAGAUCAGAGCUGCAGUUCUGGCUGUAACUAAUAUUUAGGAGUUGUAAAUAAAACCCUCUGGAUCGCUUUGGCACAGCAAGGUUCUGUCAUCCGUGAUGGCGUCAGCCCUACCCAGAACCCUUGGGGAACUGCAGCUAUAUCGAAUACUGCAAAAAGCAAAUCUCUUAUUCUACUUCGAUGCCUUCAUUCAGCAGGGUGGUGAUGAUGUCCAGCAGCUCUGUGAAGCAGGUGAAGAGGAGUUUUUGGAGAUAAUGGCUCUUGUAGGCAUGGCUAGCAAGCCGCUUCAUGUCCGAAGGCUGCAGAAGGCUUUGAGGGACUGGGUCACGAACCCUGGUCUUUUUAACCAGCCUCUCACUUCCUUACCGGUCAGUAGCAUUCCAAUAUAUAAACUGCCAGAAGGCUCUCCUGCUUGGCUGGGGAUAUCCUGCAGUAGUUAUGAAAGGAACAGUAGUACCAGAGAGCCUCACUUGAAGAUUCCAAAAUGUGCUGCCACUACGUGCGUGCAAAGCGUGGGUGCAAGCAAAUCUGAUGUGGUGGGGAGCUUAUCGCUGCAGAGUGGCAAUGAACCGAGACUCUGGCAGGGACAUCACACUACCGAGAGUGAACAUAGUCUUUCCCCAGCUGACCUUGGCUCUCCAGCUUCACCAAAGGAAAACAGUGAGACCCUGGAUGCCGCUGCUGCUCUGUCAGUUGCUGAAUGCGUGGAACGUAUGGUUCCCUCCCUGCCCAAAAGUGACUUGAAUGAAGCCAAGGAGUUACUGAAAACAAAUAAAAAACUGGCAAAGAUGAUUGGUCACAUCUUUGAGAUGAGUGAUGAGGACCCUCACAAAGAGGAGGAGAUCAGGAAGUACAGUGCAAUAUAUGGCAGAUUUGACUCGAAAAGAAAGGAUGGCAAGCAUCUCACCCUCCAUGAGCUCACAGUUAAUGAAGCAGCCGCUCAGCUGUGUGUAAAAGAUAAUGCAUUGUUGACCAGGAGGGAUGAACUCUUCGCGCUAGCUCGGCAGAUCUCUCGAGAAGUUACAUACAAGUAUACUUACAGGACCACCAAAUCUAAAUGUGGAGAAAGGGAUGAACUGUCACCAAAGAGGAUUAAGCUAGAGGAUGGUUAUCCUGACUUCCAGGACACAGUCCAAACGCUCUAUCAGCAGGACAAAAUGCCCCUUGCUUUGGCUAAAGGAAAGAGUGAAGACUCAGCAGCUCUUAAUUCCCAGUCUGAAAAGGUGAUGGCAAAACAGAUGGAGUUUCUUUGCAACCAGGCUGGAUUAGAGAGACGUCUUUCCACAGGGUGUUACAGGCAAAACUCGGAAGAGUACAGCCCCAAUGGCAUGGCAUUAGAUAAUGCUGAUGGACAAGGUGAGAGACCGUUGAAUCUCCGAAUGUCAAAUCUGCCAAGUAGACAGUUGCAACACAUCUCACUUGAUGGAGAACAGCAUGUUGGAAAGCCUCUGUGCAGUGAUUUGAUCCGACUUUACCCCAGUGGUGAGGCAAAGUCUCAGUCCUCGGAAGGCCUUGGUAUUUUAAAGGAUUUUCCUCAUUCGGCUUUUAACAACAUAGAAAGGAAGGUCAUAAAAACAGAACCUGAAGACACAAGAUAGUCAUUCUGCUCUGGAUAACGGUAUCACAAUAAAGAAUGAAACUUCCGAAGAGAGAGAGAGAGAGAGAGAGAGAAAAAAAAAAAAAAA